CCCAGAGGUGCUGGAACAGAGGCCAAGAAAAUAAGUGGAAAGCAACCCGAGGUCUGCAGUCUGCAAAAGGAGAAUGACCCUGGACUGGCACAGCUCCUUGAUCCUCACUGCCUACAUCCUCAUCUUCCUCACUGGGCUCCCUGCCAACCUGCUGGCCCUGCGGGCCUUCGUGGGCCGGGUCCGUCAGCCCCAGCCUGCCCCGGUGCACAUCCUCCUGCUCAGUCUGACGCUGGCUGACCUGCUCCUUCUGCUGCUGCUGCCCUUCAAGAUCGUGGAAGCAGCAUCUAACUUCCGCUGGUACCUACCUAAGAUCGUGUGCGCCCUCACCGGCUUCGGCUUCUACAGCAGCAUCUACUGCAGCACGUGGCUGCUGGCCGGCAUCAGCAUCGAGCGCUACCUGGGGGUGGCCUUCCCGGUGCAGUACAAGCUGUCCCGCCGGCCCCUGUACGGAGUGAUCGCUGCCCUGGUGGCCUGGAUCAUGUCCUUCGGCCACUGCACCAUCGUCAUCAUUGUUCAGUACUUGAACUCAACGGAGCAGGUGGUUACUGGAAACCAGAUAACUUGCUAUGAGAACUUCACCCAGGAGCAGCUGGACCUGGUGCUGCCGGUGCGGCUGGAACUAUGCCUGGUCCUGUUUUUCAUCCCGAUGGCGGUCACCAUCUUCUGCUACUGGCGCUUCGUGUGGAUCAUGCUCACUCAGCCCCACGUGGGAACACAGAGGCGACGCAGGGCGGUGGGCCUGGCUGUGGUGACGCUUCUCAAUUUCCUGGUGUGUUUUGGACCUUACAACUUGUCCCACCUGGUGGGGUUCUACUACCACCAGAGCCCCCCGUGGCGGGUGGAGGCUGUGGUAUUCAGCUCCCUCAAUGCCAGCCUGGACCCUGUACUAUUUUAUUUCUCAAGCUCCGUGGUGCGCAGAGCUUUUGGGAGAGGGUUGUUGUUGCUACGCAAUCCGGGCACCUCUGUGCUGGGAAGAGGAGCCAAAGAGACAGCAACAGCAGAGGGGACCAGUGUGGACAGGGGUGUGAGUCAAGCAGAGGCCAGACCGAGUUCGGACUUCGCCACCGAGUAGAGACUUCUUCCCUGGACCUUCUGGGGCCUCAGGGUCACCCAGAAGUUGGGCAGCCUAGGAGUGCAAAGUUCCCAGACAUAGAAAUCUUCAGAACCCAUGUGCACUAGGACUUGGUAAAACAGAAAAAAAAAGAAGAAGAAAAAAGAUGUCUCCCAGCUUGGCUAACCGGUUGGCCUGAGGGAAUAUUCCAUCCCGGGAGGAGGGGCAAGAAUAGCUCUAAGACACAGAAGAAAUGGCACCAUGGAUCUCAGAGGCAAGGUAGCCAAUACAAAUUCAGUCCUAAAAGAAAUCUUGCUACAAAUUUACAAACGCCUCCUAGAGACAGUGGUCUGGCUGGUGGUGCUGGAAACAGGCCAACAAAAAGGGAUGAGAAAGAAAUACUAAGUAAAAAGAAGUCUCAGAAAGGUUUUCUAAGCCAAGGGGUGAGCGUGGAGGAUGACAAGAGGCUUAGAUCUCUAAUCUUGCUUUCUUUGUAGGGUUUGACUCGUGCUCUGUUGAUUUUCACCUGUGGUCUCCCUGUUAA